UUCCUAAUAACCAAAUCCACAGCCAACACGGAAUUCCUCCCGGAACCUGGGACCUUUAUAAAGCGGCAAGCGCAGCCUCUUCUCCAGCAUCAGCCGCAGAGCUCGUGACGCCAACAUGAGGCUCCAUCACCUGCUCCUCGUGCUCUUCUUCGUGGUCCUGUCUGCUGGGUCAGGAUUUACUCAAGGAAUAAGAAGUCGUCGAAGCUGCCAUAGGAAUAAAGGCGUCUGUGCGCUGACCAGGUGCCCUAGAAACAUGAGACAGAUUGGCACCUGUUUCGGGCCCCCAGUAAAAUGCUGCAGAAAGAAGUAACAGAAGGCGAAGACGUGGCCAGGACCGAUGCGGAGUCAGAAACUGCGCCCUUAGACAGAUCGUCUAAAAUUUAAACCAGAAUAAAUUUUGUUCAAAGUUAAAGAAUCUUGCCCACUGGU